AUGGGGAAGAAAGCAAGUUGGUUUUCUGCAAUCAAAAGGGUUUUUACUCCACAUUCCAAAGAGAAGCUAGGCAAUCAGGAAACAGAGAGAAAGAGUGAAAAAGAAAAGAGGAAGAAAAGGUUUGGGAAGCUAAGGCAUGGAGAGACCAAUUCAUUUCUUCCCAUCUUCAGAGAGCCUAGUAGUAUUGAGAAGAUCUUGGGCGAGGCUGAGAGAGAUCACAAUCUUGUGUUCAGGCCUCCUACUCCUGAUCGAUCAAACCCACCUUCAGCUUCUCCUCCUCCUCCCCUGAGGCCUGCUUCUCCUCGUGUUCUUUCUCCAAGACCAACUUCUCCAAGAGUUGCCUCACCACGAGCCGCUUCUCCAAGAGCAGACCCUCCAAGAUUGGAAUCUCCAAGAUCCCUUUCACCAAAACUCUCUGAUCGAUCAAAGCCAUCAUCAGCCUCUGCCAAUGCUCAUCCUCCUCCUCUGAGGCCUGCUUCUACUCGAGUUCCUUCUCAGAGAAUUUCCCCUCCCAUUGUUCCUUCUCCAAGACCGACUUCACCAAGAGUUGCCUCUCCAAAGCCGCCUUCUCCAAGAGCAGACCCACUGAGAUUGGAUACUCCAAGACCACCUUCACCAAAGCCUCCUUCCCCAAGAGAGGCUUCUCCAAGAACAGACCCGUCAAGGUUGGAUACUCCAAGACCUCCUUCUCCAAGAGCAGACCCACCAAGGUUGGAUACUCCAAGACUUCCUUCGCCAAAGCCUCCAUCUCCAAGAGCAGAACCACCGAGAUUGGAUGCUCCAAGACCCACUACGCCUAAGCCUCCUUCUCCAAGAGCGGAACCACCAAGAUUGGAUGCUUCAAGACCUACUACGCCUAAGCCUCCUUCUCCAAGAGCCGUCUCGCCUAGGGCAGUGCAGCGACGGGAGAUUGUUUAUAGACCAGAGCCAACUCUCGUGGUCCAACAUGAUUCUGCAAAAAAGAUUCAAACAGCUUACAGAGGUUACAUGGCAAGGAGGAGUUUCAGAGCUCUGAAAGGUCUAGUGAGGCUUCAAGGUGUGGUGAGAGGAUACAGCGUGAAGCGACAGACGGUCAAUGCAAUGAAGUACAUGCAGCAACUGGUCCGUGUUCAAUCCCAGAUUCAGUCACGCCGCAUCAAAAUGUUGGAAAACCAAGCUCAGGUUGAGAAAGAUGAAGCAAAAUUGGCUGCCUCUGAAGCUGGUAACGAUAACUGGGACGACAGUGUGCUGACGAAAGAAGAAAGGGAUGCGAGAACUCAGAGGAAGACUGAUGCGAUCAUCAAGAGAGAAAGAUCAAUGGCCUAUGCAUACUCUCACAAGCUGUGGAAAAACAGUCCCAAGUCUUCUCGGGACAUUCGUGCUUCAGGUGGGCUCCCUCUAUGGUGGAACUGGGUGGACCGACAACUUCCUCUUGCUAGUCCUGAACCGAGCCAUAGCCAACCACUAAGAGAUUACAGGCUAACACCAACAAGACUGAGCCCAAGCCCUCUGUCUCAUUCAAGCAACCAACACCACUUCAGGCUUGACAACAACUUUGAAACUUCCACACCAAGAUCGUCGAGGUCUACACUUCUCACUCCAUCCAGACCCAUCCGCACAGGGACAUCAAGAUACUCGAGAGGAAGACUAAGAGGUCAAGAUUCUCCUUUCAAAGACGACGACAGCCUCACAAGCUGUCCUCCAUUCCCGAGCUACAUGGCUCCAACGGUCUCUGCCAAGGCCAAAGUUAGACCAAACAGCAAUCCAAAGGAGAGGGUGAUGGGUACACCAUCAUCGGUCAAUAGCGAGAAGAGGAGAAUGUCGUUUCCUCCGGCGCAAGAUAUGUUUAGAUGGAACAAAGGGUCAUUGCUCAUGAGCAACAGCAGCAGCCAAAGAGGUCCAGGUUCACCAGGAGGUGUGGUUCUUGAGAAGCACAAGACUCUUAAAUCAGUAGGAAAUUUGAGCAUUGACUCCACUGGCUCAGUUGGUAGGAAACCGUUUAACAGAUAUGUGUGA